UCCACUCGAUCUUACUCACGAGUAGGCUGUUCAAAGACGAUGUUGGUGAUGCGACUCUGCGUAUUCGUCUGUGUGGGAUGCAAGUUAAAUAGCCUGCCGUCAUCGUGGCUGUUCAGCGCACGCACUCUAGGCUACUGCGGUAAAGAUGCGUCUGCUAUUGCCGCGGAUAGGUUGAUCGUACAGAGGCCCUUGGAAAAAAAGAAUUUAUUUGCAACUGCAUUUGGAGUUCGAUGCCUCCAGGAAGGACGUUUAGUGUCAGCUAAUUUUGGCUAUUGAUGGUGUAAUGUAAUAGACGCUUUCAGUCCGACUGUAAGAGAGGCGUGCUCGGGAGAGCUACAAUAAGAGUCGUAACCUAUAGGCUACCGGGAGGUUCAGAAACCUAUUAGCGUAUUAACAAAUACAUGUUAAAGAUAAAGACGAAUCGGCGAUUUAAAUGUCUACAUUCAUUCUGGGAAUUGUAGGAUGUUGAGGUUGUUUACUUGUGUCUUGUAUACUGGACUAGCUACAUGACUGAUCUCUCCCAAUGGAGAUACAGUGAGCUUGUGGAGCCCGACAGAGAAAGAUGUUGACAUCCCAGUCACUGAAGAUCCCUCGCAACCACACAGUGACAAGAUAUUCUGAUCCCACAUACUUCACAGCACCCACUCCUCUGACAUCUUAGUCAGAGGGGGGUCACACAUUAUCUCAUACCCCUUUCCUUGUUAACUGACUCCUAUGAGGCCCACAGCUAUGCUCCAGCAGAACAACAACAACAACUAUCCAUGUCUGGAUAUGGCUGCGUCUCCCAGACCAGCUGUCCAACAGUGCCCGAAGGCCAGCCUGCCCUUUGGUGCUGGCCGGCUGGAGCUGGGAGACAUUCCCCUGGUCAGGGGGCUUCGUGCCUGGGCCCUGUGCUCCAAGAACCGAAGGAGGACCCCUGCCCCAUCCUCCUGUGCUCCGGGGCUCCGGCCCGUGGAUCUCUACCCCGCUGCUGAGUGGGGUCGGCUGGGCUAUGGACUGGGGCUACCUCCCCUGGACUCCAGGCAGGCUGGGCUGGGGGCUCUGGUCACGGUGGCCACCUUGAAGGCCUCAGAAGGGGGUGGUCAGACCCAGACGCGCUGCCUGGUAGUUCGGACGGAGGGUGGGAGGUGUCUGUACUCCACGGCCACCUCCCAGGGACGCCACCCGCAGGAGUCCGCCUCCACCCUGGUGGGCGGCUGGCUGAAGGAGAGGGUAGCAGGAGGAGCCAAUGCUGGAAGAACAGCGAACGGGGAGAGAGGAGGGGCUCAAGGGGCGUGUCGAAUAAAACUGCGUCACGGCCGGAGGUGGAGGACGUCCUGUAGGCCACCAGCUGCCCCCCUCUCUGAUGGAACGUUCCAGAACGUUCCAGAGGAACAGGAACUAGGAGCUCUCCCCAGAGAGGGGAAACAGGAAGAAGGGGACAAAGCAAGCCUCCUCAGGACAGAUCCGGACGGCCAGAGGGGCAGACAAGACCGAGGGGGGUCCAGGAGCCCCAGAAGCAACAACGUUCCAACCCAGAGCUCCUCGCGCUGCCCCAGGAGGCACGGGGGGCAGGGCAGCAGGGGUGGAGGGGCGGGGCAGGGUGGAAGUGAGGGGGCAACCCAUCGGCAGAGCGGCGAUACGGUGGACAGUAUGGAGCAGCAGGAAGAGGAAGCCCGCGAGGGAACGGGACGCGUGGGGUUAACGGGGCGUGAGUCAUCCGCGCCUCCAUCCGGCGCCGACCUAGAACCUUGCAGCCCUGUCGCUGAAGACCAGAAUGACACGGAGCGCUCUGACUCACAGAGAGAGCUGUCUCCCCAGACCUCCCUCCACACAGACCUCCAGGAGGAGAAGACAAAGGAGGAGCCCACCGGAGCUGAGGAGAACGACCCAGGCAGCUGCAGUGUUUUCAGGGGAACGCUGAGAGACUCGCGGGGCUUGGAGGAAGGCGCAAAUUGGGUUGUGGAUCAUGUGGAGUCGGAGAAGGAACCGGAGGGAAUGGAUGGAGCAGAGAGGCAAGGCCUGAGUGGGUUGGACGAGUGCAUGCAUGUUAGAGCCCUAGAGAAACACCACUGCACGUUGGCUUCAACCUCGGCCGCUACACUGAGCUCCGGUCCUGCAGAGGGCAGCACCUUCACAGCCGAGCUUGACACCCGCUGUGAACUCAUAGAAAAGGAGAGUAUCUUAGACGUUGUACACCACGACGAGAUAAAGCACUGUGUGAAAUAUCCUCCACACGAGACAGACCCAGUGACUGAGGAGAGAGAGAGGGUUGAUGACGAUGGGAGUGAACUCUUGGACGCUGGGGUCCAGUCGACCUCACCAGAGGUCGGGGACCCCUGCAAUCCGCCUGGGGAGACCCCGUGCAAGGUCACUGAUGAUGAGGUUAGGCCGAUGGAAGUGUUCAAACGUGGCCAUGUCACAGCCUAUGGAUUGGAGGGUGAGGCUGGACAGGAGAAGGAGUUUGAGGAGGAGAAAGAGGAGGAGUUGGAGGCCGGGAGGACUGGGAGGACUGGGGACUGCAGGAAGGAGAUAGAGCAGGAGCGCAGUGGAGAAGAGUCCCAACUGAUCACGGAGGAGAAGGAGUCACAUGAGGAGUCUAGGCCAGAGGAGUUGAACCAGGAGAAGGAGUCAGAUGAGGAGUCUAGGCCAGAGGAGUUGAACCAGGAGAAGGAGUCAGAUGAGGAUGAUCAAACAGAGGAGUUGAAUGGGAAGUUGGAAGCGCUGGUGGAGGAUAGUAACAAGUCACCGGGAAGAGAGUUCAGCAAAGAAGUGAUCAGAACUGAGGAGUUGGAGGAGUUUAGGCCUGGGGAUACAGUGGGGGAGUUAGGAAUGGAGGAGAGGAACGGAGAUAUAGAAAAGGAGUGUAGGCCAGAGGAGGCAUGUCCAGUAGCUCCACCUGCAGCCCUAAUAGAAGAAAAAGGAAGUGGAGAAAGAGGGUGGAGCAAGAGAGAAGGAGAGGAUGUGAGAGAGGGAGAGGUGGAGAGAAAAGGACUGGGAGAGAGAGAGGUAGAGAGAAAAGGAGAGGGACAGAGAGAGGUAGAGGGAGAGAUAGAGGGAGAGGUAGAGAGUAAAGGAGUGGGAGAGAGAGACGGAGAGGCAGAGGUAGACUCAGUAGGUCAGUCAUGCAACACCCCUUCUCUGGGCCCUGUUGCCCUAGGCUGCCCUGCUACUUUUGUCACAAACUCACCACAUAAUCCUCCCCCCCUGGCCGUCAUGGCAACGGGCCUCCCCUGUCCGGAGGGGGUGAGGGAGGCAGAGGGAGGGGCCUCGGCAGAGCUCCAGAAUGCAGAGAACCGGGAGCAUGAGCAGGGCAGCAAGGUGGCCUCUGUAGGGGGGUCUGUGGAGAGGGGACAGGAGGAGGAAGAGGAGGAAGAGGAGGAAGAGGACGACUUUGGGCUGUUCAUGCAGGCAGGGGAGCAGUCGUCGUGGGAGGACGGUUUUGUCACAUCACCUCCAGUGCCUUGUGGGAACGGAGACAGUGCUGCACUUGAAAACCAUCUAAACUCAGACGAGUCUGCUCAUUGGACAUCAGGCUGGACAGACAGCUCGGUCCACCAAUCGGAGGAGACAUGGACAGCCUUCCCUAACGAUCCUGUGGGGCUGGAGGGGCGGGACGCAGCGGGACAGUGGUGGCCCAGCUGUGCUGAGGAGGAGACGGGAGAUAGACAGCCCACCAAGCAGGAUCUGAACACUGUGUUCCGGGAGGUCUUCCCCUGCCUGCCUUCCUCCUCCGUGAAGGGGGAGGUGGUUCCCACACUCACACAGCUCCUCAGGGGGGUCCCGGCUCAGCCCAGCCCAGCGGAGGACCUCCGGCUAUUGGAUGGGUUUCAUGACCUGAACAAGAUGAUUGGCUGGCGGUACAAGAGGGCCAAUGCCGUGUCCUGUGAGCUUCUUCUGCAGUCGUUGCAUCUGGACCAGCAUGGCAGAGACUAUAUCUCUGGGAUUCAGUCCACCAAUCACAGUCCAUCUCUUCGCCUCCCCUCAUCCAAUCAGUAUGCUUCGACCACCGGGAAGAGAUGGGUAUCUUAUGACCAUAACAAAAACAUCAUGGAGUAGCUAGCUCAGCCAGACUCUUAGUGUGCUCCUUGUUCGGACUGUGCUUUGCCAAUCAUCUGACAUGACAUCAUUUUCAGUCCUGUGGGGCAAAAUGAACCAUUUCAACGUUUCAGCCCAACCCGCUAUCCCUGUAAGGAUCGAUCGAUACAUGUGUGCUGACAUUUGAUUGACCAGAUCAUGUACACUUGUCUAUGGACAAUCCUCCAUUUUGGCUCUGCCUUUACUGUAACUUGACUAAUUUCAACCCUCUCAUAAAACAAUAUGCCUUUGUUAUGUAAUUAGGGGAAGUUUGACUGGCCCUGUGAAGACAAAGCAAUUGUUGUUAUCCAUGUUACUGCUUGCAGGGGGGAAAUGAAAGGAACAAUGUAGGAAAACGGUUAUGCAACAGAAGGUUGCAGUGUUAUGGAAAAGUUGUUUACAACUUCAUCCGCUCACUCUCCCAAAGGAAGGAAUAAACGCACACAUACACUUACAAACACCAAUUCUGUCUCAUCAUGCAAUGUUGUUUUCAACAGUUUAUCACUAUAUGCAUGUCUACUGUGUUUUACAAACACUGUGGCAGACAGGAUACAUUUAUCAAUUUUCUUAUUAUUACAGACAAUACUUUAGUAUGGAUAUGUUUACUGACACAGCUGCAGAUCUGACAUUAGGCUUACAUUUACUGUACCUUGGGAGAGCCUGACUGAGGUGAGAAUGAGAUUUACUUGAAUAUAAUUCAAUAUUCGUCAUUAACAAUGAAGUUACUAGUUUGUUUUUAGAGCAGAAGCAAACAAGCGAUCAUCACACCACGUCUAAAGAUUAUAUUUGGUUAAUCUUGUUUCUUUGUCUGUGGGCCCAUUCAAUCAUCAAACUAGAAAAAAAGUUAAAUAUAGCAUAUGUCGUCAUUUGUACAAAAUAUGAAUUCCUCCAGAAAACAAUAUGAAUAUUUUCGGAGUUCGAAUUGAAAAAGAAAACGAGAUUGUCAACUUGUUAAUUGAUGUAAUAAAAUGAUA